AUGGCGGGUGCAGCAGCGAAGAUGGUGUCGAUGGUUCUGGUAUGCGCCUUGGUGGCAGCUCCAUACAUUGCGUCGGUGGAUGCCAUAACAUGCGGUCAGGUGACGAGCAGCUUGGCCCCAUGCCUGGGUUACCUGACCGGAAGUGGGCCGGUCACCCCGGGAUGCUGCAACGGGGUGAGGAGCCUCAACGGUGCCGCCCAGACCACACCUGACCGCCAAGCCGCUUGCGAGUGCUUGAAAUCCACCGCUGGCUCAGUCCGCGGCCUCGACCUCAGCAAGGCCGCUGGCCUCCCCGGUGCCUGUGCUGUCAACAUUCCCUACAAGAUCAGCCCCAGCACCAACUGCAAAUCGUACGUCAUUCUUUUUUAUUGUUAG